CCUUUUGACGCAGUCUAUCGCUUUCUGAUCUUCAAGCUUCAGGAUAUCAGUAUGAUGGUCAAGGAUAAUAACAAGAAAGGCCAAAUGCCCGUCGAUAUCCCUUCCCCUCUCAUAACCGACCUCGCUACGCUGGAGUCUCGCCUUGGCCGCAUCGACUACAGACUCAUCGUCUCCCGCCUCAUGCGCUGCCAUGAUUUUACUCUUCCCGUUUCAAUGUCCAUUGUCACCGAAUAUCUUCGCUUCCUCAUUCUCAAAGCAAGUGUUCAAGACUACGAUGGGACCGAGUUAUCGCCCUCGCCAUAUGUUGAACUCGCCUGGCACUGUCAUAUUUUGGAUACCAAUCGAUACGGUGCAGAGUGUGAAGCGUUCUGCGGGAAAGUUAUUGGUCAUAAUCCCGAUGAAGAUUUUGCGGAAAGACCGGAGAGAUUCAAUAGGACAUGUCAGCUGUAUUUGUCGAACUUUCACCAAAAACCGAAGGAGGAGAUUUGGCCGGCGGCUGAUAACGUCCAAAAUCUUGAUUCUGACACGCAGAAGACAAACACAAAGCGAAAACGAGAGGCAAAGAAAGCCUUUCGGAUCUUCGUAAAGACUGUGGAUGGAAAAAGAUUCGAGUUUAAAGUGCGCAAAUCAGACAGCGUCAAUCUAUUGAAGGACAUGCUUUCGUGUGAAGCCUGGAUGGAAACCGACAUGACGCUGAUGUUUGCCGAAAGGCAAUUGGAGGAUGACAAGUUGUUAAGUUACUAUGGUAUUGGACCAGAAUCAGAGCUUGUCGCGAUCGACAGCGUGCGAAGCUCUAACUCCAGUGAUGGUUGGUGAUGGAAGUCAAUCAUUUUGAUCGCUUAUCUGUAUUUGCAAUUUGUAUUUGCUUUCCAAUGUCAUGUGAAGAAGUCUAUCAAUAAAUAUCUUGCUAGCAAAUAUCCU